AUGGAGAAUGAAGAACUUUUCGCGGGCGAGCCCGCCGUUGACGCACAGCAACACGCUCGACGCGCACACACUCAGACCAAAAACGCCCCCUUGCACGUCCACGCCGAGCCUCUACUGGCCGGUGAUGAUGAUAGUCAGGAUGGAGAAUGGUCGCGAGAUGACGACCAGCCUAGCGAGAUAGAUACGAGACCUCGAUGGAGAAGAGCACAUAUCUGGUGGCUGUUGCCAUUCGGCCUGCUUUUUACGCUCGGCUUUGGAGGUCUUGCAGUCCCUAAAAUCAACUUGAUUAUGACCUUGAUUUGUCGCGAUUACUUCUCAGAGAGAUCCUUGAAGGACUCCAGAUUCACCUAUCUCCCCGUCGUGUUUGGAGAAGACAACUCCCAGUGCCGAAUCCCAGAGGUACAGUCCUUAGUGGCUCGUUUCCAGUUGUAUCUGAACCUCAUCACUGGAAUCAUCUCAGCACUGGCAAGCCCUCGCCUUGGACACUUGUCCGAUCGCUAUGGCCGCACCAAACUGAUCGCGCUGGGCGCGACGGGCGCUGUACUUAACGAAGCCAUCACCCUUGUUCUAGCCAAAUGGCCCGAAUACAUGUCGGUCAAGUUACUCUUCAUAGGCGCUGUGUUCGAUGGCCUGGGAGGCUCAUUUACGGGCGCCCAAGCUCUGAUUCAUUCAUAUGCUUCAGACUGUACGCCCCCCGAUGGACGCAGCGUAGCCUUCGGUUUAUUCCACGGCGCCUUGUUCUUGGGCAUUGCAGCUGGACCUACCGGUGCUGCAUUCCUGAUCAAACAGACCGGUAACACGGUGAUUGUUUUCCUAAUCGGGCUCUCGUUCCACAUUACCUUUGUUCUUUCAAUUCUUUUUAUUGUUCCCGAGUCGCUCUCCAAAAAGCGCCAGUUGGCUGCCCGAGAGAAGCAUCGUGCCAAGAAAGCGAACUCAGAAACCUCCAGUGGGUUCUCCUUGAGAUCGCUCAACCCGGUAAACCUGGUUACGCCCCUGUCGAUACUAUUCCCUGCCGUUGGUCGCCCAAGCGUUUUGUUCCCUAAUCGCCGAGGUGCUAGCCCAGCACUCCGACGAAAUAUCAUUCUGCUGGCGGCGAUUGACACGGCCGUUUUUGGAGUAGCCAUGGGUACCAUGCAGGUCAUCAUCAUCUAUGCCGAAUAUAUGUUCAACUGGGGCAACGUGGAAUCCAGCCUCUUCGUGUCAAUCAUCAACGUUGUUCGAGUGAUCAAUCUGUUUGUGGUUCUCCCAGCUGUUGCAUAUUUCUUCCGAACUCCAUCCCCUGAUGAUGCGUCCAUCCGCGGGUCCGACAUGCUUGACAUCGUUCUCAUCAGGGUGUCGGUGGUAUUCGAUGUUCUGGGUUACGUUGGAUAUGCCAUGUCUAAGCAUCCAGCAAUGAUGAUUCUCUCUGGUGCGGUUGCCUCACUGGGUGGCAUGGGAUCUCCGACAUUGCAAUCAUCUCUCACCAAGCAUGUGCCUCAAGAGCGUGUCGGACAGCUUCUCGGUGCCACUGGUCUGCUUCAUGCACUGGCCCGGGUUGUUGCUCCGACCAUCUUUAACCUAAUUUACAGCCUGACAGUUGCAACAUACCCUCAAACAGUCUUCGUUUCGCUUGCCGCUGUCUUUGGAUUUGCAUUCCUCAUGAGCCUGUUGAUCAGACCACAUAUCACAUUGGAAGACGAGCCCGAAAUAGACGUGACGGUCGAGGCUAACGAAGAAGGGGAGAGCGAGCAGGAUGGGCUACUAGCAAGAUAG